AUGUACAUAGUAGAGAAUUUUGAAGAGCUGUAUUGGUCAUACUUUGCUAACUGCGUUUUUAAUGCCAUCUUGUCCUACGCUGCCAUAAUGUUGAACAUUGUAACAAUACAAGCGUUAAGAAAAACGGCGUCUUUGCCGACGGUUCUUAGAACAUUACUUCUUAAUCUGGCAGUUUCCGACCUGGGCGUUGGCGUAUUUGUACAGCCUUUGUACGUAGCAUUCGUUGCCUUGAGAAUGAAGGACAAUUAUAAUAAUCACGAUUUUGAGGGCAUCAACAAAGCAUUUGGCAUUCUGGCGAAUUUCUUCGGUUAUGCUUCGUUUUACGGUGUCACUGUCCUCAGUGCCGACAGAUUCUUGGCUAUUCACCUACAUCUCAGAUACAGAGAACUUGUCACUCCGAAGCGCGUUACUGCCGUAGUGGUCGCAAUGUGGAUUGUCAGUGGAUUUGCAUCUGCUCUCGGUUUCAGACGGUUGUCCUGGGAUAUUGCCAUGAUUAUUUUUGUGGUGAACGGUGCUGUCUGUCUAACAGCUACAACAUUUUUUCACUACAAAAUACUCGCAGAAGUACGAAGGCAUUCAAAUCAAAUACAUCGCCUGCAAGUCGCAGAGAACGGAAAAAUAUUGACCAGAGCCUUGAAAAUAAGAAAGUACGCAGGUGGCACGUUCUACGUGUAUCUUGUUCUUUUGGUGUGUUAUUUUCCACAGAUUUGUGUCUUUUCUGUUGAGUUAGCCACUGGAAAUAGUGCCUGGGCAAAUCACGCCUCACUUUACACUCUGACGAUGAUCUUGCUUAAUUCAACACUAAAUCCCCUGAUUUACUGUUGGAAAAUGAGACAUGUUCGACAUGCAGUCAUAAGUAUACUACUGAAUAUUUAUCGAAGCCGAAGUGUUUAG